UUAAAUAGUAAAAUCAAAUCCACUCAUAUUAGCUAGCUAGGCAGGCAAGUAUAAGUUGCAAUCUGGGGGCUUUGAGCUUUGCAGUCACAGUCUACAUCUCAAUAAUUCCUCUCCAGUCCCGUCACCAUUCAUAGCUCUGGCCUCUCAAUUCUCCUCUCCUCUCCUCUCCGAUAGCAUGCAUUAGGCGUCUCAAUUCCCAACAAAACAAAACAAGACAGCUUUCACUAAAUAAAACAUGGGAAUGGGACGUGAUAUCUAUGUUGUUACAGGUCCCGGCCAAGGCCAUCUCCGCCCCUGUAUGCACCUCUGCAACCUCCUCAAUAUACGCAAUUACCACACUACCCUCGUUCUCUCUUCUACCCUCUCCUCUGUCAUUCCUCCAACUUUCGCUCAAAACCCACUGACCACCAUCGCCCAAAUCGCACCCUCUUCUCGACCAUUACCUGGAUGCGACCUCUUAAGCCAACAAGCUGCCGAGGACCUCCGUGCCCACCUCUCCAACAGGUGCGGGGUUCCUGAUUUGCCCCUGCCAAUCUGUGCCAUCAUUGAUUUCCAGUUGGGCUGGACGGGACAAGUUUUCCGGAAAUUCAGUGUUCCGGUAAUUGGGUUGUUUACUUUUGGCGCGAGUGCUGCUGCCAUGGAGUGGGGUACGUGGAAGGUCCAGGCUAAUGAUGUCAAGCCUGGUGAGACCCGUCUAGUUCCCGGGCUACCGGAAGAAAUGGCUAUCACUUAUUGGGAUCACAAAAGAAAAGAACUUGGGCCCCCAGGUGGGCUGGGUCGGAUACCUGGUGGAGGCGGCCCACCAGGACCGGGUGACAAACCUCCAUGGGUCUCAGAAAUUGAAUGGUCGGUGGGUUUGAUGUUUAACACGUGCGAUGAUCUAGAUGGUCCGUUUAUUAAAUACAUGGAGGGUCAAACGGGGAUGCCGACAUUGGGUGUGGGCCCACUGUUACCCGAGAAGCAUUGGCAAUCGUCAUAUAGUUUGAUCGGCGAUCCUGUGAUUGGAGAGCAAGAGGGGGGAUCAAAUUCGAGGGAGCAAGAAGUGAUCCAGUGGCUGGAUACAAAGCCACGUGGGUCAGUUCUAUACGUUGCUUUUGGUAGCGAAGCGCGUCGCAGCGUAGAUGAAUAUAAGCAACUGGCAGAUGCUUUAGAAGAUUGAAGCCGACCGUUUAUUUGGGUUGUUCAACACGACAAGGACCAUCGUCCUGAUCCGGGUUUGCAGAAAAGAGUUGGAAAUAGAGGUUUGAUAAUAUAUGGGUGGGCACCACAAUUGAUGAUACUGAGUCAUGAAUCAACGGCUGGGUUUUUAUCACACUGUGGAUGGAAUUCCACGAUGGAAGCGAUCGGACGUGGGGUCCCUGUUCUGGCAUGGCCCAUUAGAGGCGACCGAUACUACAAUGCCAAGCUGGUAGUUAAUUAUCUGAAGGUGGGGUAUAGAGUGGCUGAUGAUUUGUCAGAAACGGUCAAAAGGGAUGAUUUAGUCAAGGGAUUGGAGAGACUAAUGGGUGAUGAAGAGAUGCGUGAUCGGAUGGUAGGAAUGAAGUCAAUAUUUGAUAAUGCAACUCCCGACGCAGCGUUCGAUGCCUUCAGUGACUUUGUUAACCAGAAAUUAAAGCCUGUUUGAUUUUGCGUGUUUUUAAAAAAAUUCGAAUAUUUUUUUAUAGCUAAUCUUGUUAUUAUUUUGAUGUUAAAAUAAAUUUCUUAAUGCUAAA